AUGUCAGUAAAAUCAGCAGUACCUACUUCCGACCUCCAAAUUGAGAUCAAAUGGUCAGACGGUCAAGUAUCCAAGUUCCAUAAUAUUUGGCUUCGUGAUUAUUGUCGUUGUGAAAAUUGUUUCUUCAAUGCUACCAAACAGAAACUUGCAAGUGCCGCUACAAUUGACCCUGAAAUUAAACCAGCUAAGAUUGAAGUUGGGAAUAAUGAAAUUGAAAUCGUAUGGGAUCAAGAAAGUCAUGUUUCAAAAUAUGAAUUUGAUUGGUUGAGACUUCAUUCUUAUCAACCGCGUUUAGUCCCAGUUAAGGCCAAGCUCAAGGGUGCUGACGAAUUGUUACAAAGAGAACUCUGGCAAGUUAAGGAUAUGAAGGAUAACUUGCCAGUUGUCGAUUAUAAUGCCGUCAUGGCUUCAACCGACGACAAUGAAGAAGCAAUCAAGGAUUGGUCUUUAAAGAUUUGGAAACAUGGGUUUUGUCUCGUUGACAAUGUGCCAGUCACACCAGAAGACACUGAAAAAUUAUGCGAGAAAUUAAAUUAUAUCAGACCAACCCAUUAUGGAGGUUUUUGGGAUUUUACUUCCGAUUUAGCAAAAGCGGAUACCGCCUAUACUAAUUUCGACAUCAGUUCUCAUACUGAUGGAACCUAUUGGUCAAACACCCCCGGUUUACAAUUAUUCCAUCUCUUGUAUCAUGAUGGGACCGGAGGUACAACUUCGUUGGUAGAUGCUUUCAAAUGUGCCCAAAUUCUCAAGGAGAGACAUCCUGAAAGUUAUGAAAUCUUCUGUCGGAUCCGUGUACCUGCCCAUUCUGCCGGUGAAGAAAAGGUAUGUAUUCAACCAGAUGUGCCACAACCAAUAUUUAAAUUCGAUAUCAAUGGAGAUUUAUUACAAGUCCGUUGGAACCAAAGUGAUAGAUCUACUAUGGAUUCAUGGGACGAUCCAAAUGAUGUUCCUAAAUUUUUCAAAGCCAUUAGAGAUUGGGUUAGUAUUAUCAGUGAUCCUGAAAAUGAAUUAUGGCAUCAAAUGAAGCCGGGCCAAUGUUUGAUUUUUGAUAAUUGGAGAGUAUUCCAUUCUAGAAGUGAGUUCACGGGGAAGAGAAGAUUAUGUGGGGCAUAUUUGGAACGUGAUGAUUUUGUUUCUAGAACGAAGUUGUUGACAUUGGGUAGGCAAGCUGUGUUGGAUUCUAUUUAG